AUGCACCUGGCCCUCACCACUGUGCUCCUGUGGGCAUGGGGGAGUCUCCAGGCCUUUGAAAUUGUGGAGAAGGAAAACAUUUUUCAGAAGACCCCCUGCCCUGCUUUCCUGAUGUUUGAAAAUGCAGCCUACCUGGCCGACAUGAGCUUUGAGCUUCCCUGUCACUGCAAACCCGAAGAGGUGCCAGCUGUAGUCUGGUUCUACCAAAAGCACCUAGGUAGCAGCCACACCAAAGUGCUGACGGACUUCGAUGGGCGGGUGCUGACGGAGGCAGCCCAGGUACGUGUGGGCAGCGACAUGCUGACCCGCUUCAGCAUCCGCAUGUUCAGCUUGUUGGUUUUCAGGGCUCAGCCUGAGGACUCAGGCCUGUACUUCUGCGGCACCCGCAAGGGGGACUACUUUUACGCCUACGAUGUGGACAUCCAGAACAGUGAGGGAAUGGUGGCCACUUUCCAGGACGAGGGCCAGGAGCCCUUCGCAGAUGAAUACUAUGGGCACCUCCAUGUCUUCACCACCUUCUGGGAAUGGACCCUCUGUGACCGCUGCGGAGUGCGUGGGGAGCAGUGGCGCAUCGGCCUCUGCUACCUGCAGAGCCCAGACCUCUCCCCACGCUACCUCAAGUCCGUGCCCGAUGUGGUGUCUUGUGGCUCAAGGGCUGUGCCAAGGAAGCUGCGGACCAAGGCCAGGGACCACACGCCUGAGGUGCUGGUUCGGAGCUGCUUAGUACCCUGUGAGAAGACAAAGACCUUCCGGGAGGGCGUGCUGGCCAUCAUUAACUAUGUGUCCAAAGUGGGCAGCCGGCCCUGGGUGCCCCAGGUGCCCAUUCAGUUCCACCAGCAGAGACUGGGCCAUGGACUCAUCAUCUCCUGUCCUGGGGCCCGGCCAGAGCAUGCAGUGGCCUGGGACAAAGACCGCCAGCACCUCUACCGCACACAGUACCUGAAGGGUGUCAACAGGUCCAUGAGGGUGUUCAUUGACCAUGGCAACCAGCUCCACAUCCGCUUCACCCAGCUGGAUGACCGGGGCAUCUACUAUUGCUGGAGGCAGGGUGUGCUAGUUGCUGGCUUCCGGCUGGGUGUGACAUCUCGUGGGCGCUACCCAGCCUCGUUCUCAGAUCCUGAGACUCGCUCGGCUGUGGAGCUCACCCUGAUAGGCUACCUGCUCAUCACAGCAGUCUUUGUCACCAUUCACCUCUGUCGUUGCUGCUGCUACUUAUUUCACUGUUGUCCCAACUUCUCCCCCUAGGAGCUCUCUUCAGCUCUGAAGACCAGUUGUCCUUCAAUGUGUUUGUUAAAUGAUACCAGAUGUCUCUGGGUGGGUACCCUGGGUUGGGACAUGUGGUAGGAACAUGUGGACAAAUCUGUUACAGCCUGCUCCCCAUUUUCAUGGGCAGGUCUGGGACCUGAUCUGAGAAAUGGAGGGGCCUGAGGCUGGUGGGAGAUUGGGGACUGAGCUCAGGAUGGAAGUAGGGCACACGUGUUUCCUGACUUCACAUUUAGGUCAGAGAAGGAAAGUGUGAACUCAGAUUUAUCCAAUGGUAAACACUGAUCAGUGUUGAA